UUUAUAACGCCCAUUUCUUGAUCCUCUUCAAUCCAUCGUCUAUGGAAUCAUCAUCUUCAACAAUGGAUCGGGUCAACUUCAGGACUCAAAUCCUAACUCGCCAUCUCCAGAACCACCACAUCCCCCCUACGGAUCUCAUCCACACAGCUCCAUGUGUCAACUACUCCCCACCCGAGCUUUCUGAGCCAUUGGCUAAUUUCGAUACAAAGUCGCUCCGUAAGCUCCUAGACGGAAAAAGCAUCGAUGUAAUCGAUCAUAUGUUCAAUUUGAUGAUUCAGAGCAAUUUGUUUUGUCCCAGAGAAAGAGGCGGCAAGGUGUUUGUUUCGCCGGACUUUAAUCAGUCGAUGGAGCAGCAGAGAGAGAUGACCAUGAAAAGAAUUGAUUACUUGAGAGAACAAGGAGCUUUUGAUGGGUGGUUUUCUAGGAAGGGGGAUGAUGGUGAACUGUGGAGAUUUGCUCUUGCUGAAACUGUUAGUGUUUUUGAUCAUUCGUUGGGGAUUAAGCUUGGUGUUCAUUUCUUUUUAUGGGGUGGUGCCAUCCGUUUCAUGGGCACAAAGCGUCAUCAUGAUAAGUGGUUCAAGCCAACUGAGACUUUUGAAGUCAAGGGUUGCUUUGCAAUGACUGAGUUAGGACAUGGAAGUAAUGUCCGAGGCAUUGAAACAGUCACUAGAUAUGAUGCAAGAACCGAGGAAUUUAUCAUCAGCACUCCUUGUGAAUCUGCUCAAAAGUAUUGGAUUGGAGGUGCAGCUAAUCAUGCCACACACACAGUCGUUUUCUCACAGCUCGAAAUCAAUGGUGUGAAUGAAGGAGUGCAUGCUUUUAUAGCCCAGAUCAGAGACGCAGAUGGAAAUAUAUGUCCAAAUGUUCGUAUUGCUGAUUGUGGUCAUAAGAUUGGUUUGAAUGGUGUUGACAAUGGUCGAAUCUGGUUUGACAAUCUAAGGAUCCCUAGAGAGAACUUGUUGAAUUCAGUUGCUGAUGUUUCGCCUGAUGGUCAAUAUUUGACCGCAAUAAAAGAUCCAGAUCAGAGAUUUGCAGCCUUUUUGGCCCCUCUCACGUCUGGCCGUGUGACCAUUGCAGCAAGUUCAAUGAACACAGCAAAGGUUGGUUUAGCAAUUGCAAUAAGGUACUCUCUGUCAAGGCGAGCCUUUUCAAUUAGACCAAAUGAACCUGAAGUUCUUCUGCUUGAUUAUCCAAGUCAUCAAAGGAGGCUCUUGCCUCUUCUUGCAAAAACAUAUGCUCUGAGUUUUGCUUCCAACUACUUGAAGAUGAUAUACGUUAAAAGGACACCUGCAUCGAUUAAGACUGUCCAUGUUGUUUCUAGUGCACUCAAGGCUGUUUUAACCUGGCAUAACAUGCGAACCCUUCAGGAAUGUCGAGAAGCUUGUGGUGGGCAAGGUUUGAAGACCGAAAAUCAUGUUGGUCACUUAAAAAGCGAGUAUGAUGUGCAAUUGACGUUUGAGGGCGACAAUAAUGUUCUUAUGCAACAGAUUAGCAAGGCGCUUCUGGCCGAGUUUUUGGCAGCCAAGAAAAGGAACAAACCGGUUAGAGGUCUGGGGCUCGAACACUUGAACAAACCUGCUCCUAUUAUCCCUUCUCAGCUCACAAGCUCUACCCUCAGGACCACUCAGUUUCAGACCGACAUCUUCUGCUUACGGGAGAGAGAUCUAUUGCAUCGUUUUGUUAAGGAAGUCUCGGAACACCAAGCUCUUGGAGAAAGCAAAGAACAUAUAUUCACAGUGACUUAUCAACUUGCUGAGGAUUUGGGCAGAGCGUUUUCCGAUCGUUUGAUUCUACAAACAUUUCUAGACGUUGAAGCAACCGUUCCAGCCGGUUCUUUAAAGGAUGUAUUGGGUCUGAUGAGAUCGAUGUACACCACAAUCUUGAUCGAAGAAGAUGCUUCGUUCCUUCGAUAUGGCUACUUAUCGACAGAUAAUGCUGCAGUGGUUAGGAAAGAGGUGAUGAAACUGUGCAGUGAACUAAGACCAUAUGCACUUAGUUUGGUGAGCUCUCUCGGAAUUCCUGAUGCUUUUUUGGCACCCAUAGCUUUCAAUUGGGUCGAUGCCAAUUCGUGGUCUUCGGUUUAAGCUUCAUAUAUAUGCAUACAAAUAAAGGACUCCACGAUAUGUUGUAAAACUUAACGAAAGUUGCUUUUGUUGUUGGUGUCUCUUUGGUUUACCAUUCGUUUUGUUGGAUAUCCAUUCGAUUCUGUGAACUGUUUAUUUGGUUUCUA